UCCAGUUCUCCUGUCUGCAGAGUAGUUGUGAUGGCUGCUUCUUCAGGUUCCUUCAUCAACAACAAGAGGUCUAUGGCUCUGUGGGCAAUCACCCUCGCCUUGUGUUUAGUCUCUACGUUGGCUGAGCUUCACCGUAUCAAUCAUUUGGUGAACUCUGAUUCACUCAAGUUUUUGGUUAUUGGAGAUUGGGGAAGGAAAGGACUGUACAACCAAACUGAAGUUGCAGUUCAGAUGGGAAAGAUAGGAGAAGAGCUGGACCCAGCUUUUAUAAUCUCCACUGGUGACAACUUCUAUGAGAAUGGACUGACUGGGGUAGAUGACCCAGCAUUUGAGGAGUCAUUUUCCAAUAUCUACACUGCUAAAAGCUUGCAAAAGCUAUGGUUCAAUGUUUUGGGCAACCACGAUUACAGGGGUGAUGUAGAAGCCCAAUUGAGCCCAGUUCUUUCCAUGAAAGAUCAGAAAUGGCUGUGCAUGAGAUCUUUUAUUGUUAAUACAGGAAUUGCAGAGAUCUUCUUUGUUGACACUACUCCUUUCGUAGACAAAUACUUCACUCAUCCAGGGGAUGAUACUUAUGACUGGAGGGGUGUAGUUCCUACUAGAAAGAAAUAUCAAAGUAACCUUCUGAAGGAUCUCGAUUCGGCAUUGAAAGAUUCGACAUCGAAGUGGAAAAUCGUAGUUGGUCACCAUACAUUGAGAAGUGCAGGCAGUCAUGGUGACACCAAGGAGCUCGUUAAGGACUUUCUCCCAAUCCUUAAGGGCAAUGAUGUUGAUCUUUACAUUAAUGGACAUGACCAUUUGGUGCAGCACAUCACUAGCUUAGACAGCAAACUCCAAUAUUUUACUAGUGGGGGUGGUUCAAAGGCAUGGAGGGGUGAGUAUGAUCUGAGCAAAGAGGGACUGAAAUUCUUCUAUGAUGGGCAAGGAUUCAUGACUGUAAAGAUUACCGAAACCGACGCCGAUCUCGUCUUCUAUGAUGUUUUUGGCAAGGUUCUGUACAAAUGGAGUAUGUCCAAGGAGACCUACACAGCCAUAUAGAGGGCUCAUAAUCAGUAUACUAGAUGGUUUAAUCAUAGCAAUUAAUGGAGCU